AUGCAGAUCCUAAUAGACGAUUCUUCGCCUCAGAUCAAUUAUAUAUCCAAUUCGAAUGGAUGGAUUAACGAUCAUAGAACAGGAGCGACUUUUCCGGAUCAGAACGUGAAACUGUACUCGCAACAGACAUUUCAUACCACCCAGAACGAUGGAGAUCGUAUGGAAUUCAGAUUCAACGGUACCGGCAUAAGUGUCGUCGGUGCCAAACGAAACAACCAUGGUGUGUUUGGAGUCAAAAUCGAUGAUGAACAAGAAACAUACCAUUCUGGCCAUUCUGCGGAACCCAUCUUCCAAACUGUUAUUUAUGAUCGAUCAGAUCUGUCGACGACUCAAGAACAUCUCAUAGCCGUUACCAAUUAUCCCUCUAGAAAUGAUGCGGAGCCUAGCGACUUUCCAGACGCGUGGUUGGAUAUCGAUCAUAUACUUAUCACUCAGUCCAAUUUCGACGUUGUUGAUACUACAAUCAUCGAGGACACAUCUUCUCAAAUUACUUACGAUGCGGCUUGGACUUCAGGUGGACCUAAUCCAGCCAAUCAUAACAGCACGGUUCAUCUUACCAGUACUUUGGGCUCAAGUUUUAAGAUACCCUUUAACGGAACCUCUAUACAAAUAUUCUCAGGCCUAAACUUAGAUCAUGGUGGUUAUACAGUCAGUCUCGACGGCGGUCCUGAAUGGACAUAUAAUGGAUAUCAUUACGAGUAUAUAACUCAAAUACCUCAUUUUACCGCCUCGGGAUUGGCACAAGGCCAGCAUAUCCUGAAGGUUACCAAUCGCGGCAACACCACCAACGCUGUCUUAGGUUUUGAUUAUGCAGUCAUCAAUUCUACAGCUUCGCCUGGUGUUCCAGUCACUUCCACAAUUGCUUACACAUCGAUUCCUACAAUCGAACCCACACCGAACGGCAAUGAACUCUCGACAAAGUCUAGCAAAACGAACGUUGCAGCCAUAGCAGGAGGUGUAGUGGGUGGGAUAGUAGGGUUGAUCAUUGUCGCUCUAUUAGGAGGGUAUCUACUUCGUCGCAAAGCCAGGCAAACGAAGGAUCACCAAAGGUCUUAUAUUGACUUUGCAGGUGAUAGAACGGGUGGCGAUACGGAACAUAAAUCCUUUAGAUCAAGAAUGAUUUCUACCACUUCAGGUGUGACAAUCGGAACUGCCGAAGAAAACCAACAUUCUCCUUCACUAUUUGGAUCUCUGACUGGAUUACUCAAAAACAAGAGUCAAAACAAGGGACGCGACGAAGAAGUCGCAUCUUUACCAUCGCCUUCACACGAAGGAUCAAUCGCUCAUUUCUACACACCCAAUCGGGAUAAUCAAGUGAUCUUAUCGUCUCAAGCGGAUAGUUUCGAUAGUCAAAUUUAUCGAAUUCCUAACCAAAAAUCACGCUUGCCAAUAGUGACACCCCUUCAAAUUCCUCAAUCAAGACGGUCUAUGACAUCUGCUUCGUCCGCUUAUUCACAUGGAGGUGAAACUUAUCUCACCGGUAGAUUAGACAGAGCGAACCAACCUAUACCUCUACCUUCUCCACCUUCACAGGAAUCAAGCGAAUACGAUCAUUUACCGUUACCUCCAUUGCCUAAUACUAUUAACGCAAACCCAGCAACUGGUCCUAGACCAAAUUUACUUCAUGCAGAUGCUAGCUCUACUUUACUUCCACCGUCGACCAUGAGGCAAUUACUCACUUUUUCAACACCGACUGCCGAGCCCAUCAUGAAGACUCAAGUCGCUACACCCAAACCUAAUGAACUUGCUUCUCCCAACGAAGUGCUGGAUAACGGAUCGAGCAGUCCUUCUAUAUCGGGAGAUCUGAAAGCUUCUCUGCUAUAUCUAUCACUCAACUCUUCGCCAGCCAGAACCCGGUUAGAGGUGGAAGAUAACGCGAGCAGCAGUCCUAUAGGAAUUGAUGUUUCUCCUAGCGAAUUGGAUUUGGAACCGCUUGUUCUUAGCCCUCCACCAGACUAUACGCAGGCGACGUCCCCCUCAAAGUAG